GACCGAAAGUCUAUGUACCUCGGAGCUGUCCGUGAGGUCGUCAUCAACGUGACCAGUCAGCGAUCCAUCACAGGUCUCCGAAGGACCUAUCCUCAUCAUACCAGUCUUCGUUCGCCCACCUCCAUGGAGAUCAUGCUCUAUCGUGCCUCUGGUCCCUACCGUGCAUUCCCGGAUUCCGUCCCUGCUUAUCGUAUGGUCUACCAUUCUUUCGGUCCCCGAGGUAAAGCUCGAGUAUCUUUUCAAACGACAGAGACGUGGAGCGUCCGAAUCGACUCUCAGACGUUACCGUAUCAACUCGAAAUGGUACCGGUCUCUACUGUGAAACUCUCCGAAUACUUGCCACUUGCCUGGGUCGUCGAGCACGAGACGGGUUUGGUGAUACACAACCAAGCUCCCGAAUGGGAUGCCUCAAAGAUUUUGCGACACCUAUGGCGAAAUGCAAGAGGCCCGUUCGUGACACCGAGGAAAGAAAUCAGAAUCGAAAUAUUGGUGGACGUAGCCGAUUUCUUGGAAUGCCUCCGUGAUGUACGGGACGACCUUGAAAGACCUGGCCGACUAGAGGGUCUUGAAACUCUGACAAUCGCGUGCCGCUUGUUCGACUCCGAGGAGAUUGCAGAAAUCAUUAGAGUUCUCCCCACCUCUGUACGGCAUCUCAGCUUAGACAUGAGUCACUCGCAAACCAUGGCCCACCUUUGGCCGCGGACCAGCUUCACCGGUGCUCUCACACUCGAAGACCUUGUACAAGGGCCAAGUCACAUCUGGAACGGUUGUCAUCACAUCAAAACACUUCAUCUCUGCCUCUAUCACCCUCUUCUUCACGGUCAGGACAUCUCUUUCCUCAACAUGUACGAUUUUCGAAAGACCUGCACCAGACUCAAGACCCGACACGAAGCCAAAACGAACACGCUACAAUACCUUGGCCGACCUCUAGAUCUCGACUGUCUGGAACUGGUGUACGCGUGGCCCUUUCUGGACAUGAUCCUCCCGGAUUACCAGUUCGAGGAGCAUAGCAGCCUCAGGGCUGACGACGAACUCCUCGAACUUCUUCGACCAAGCGACCACACACUGCGUAACUUGAUGGCAUUCACGGGCAAGAACUGCAUCACCCGUUUCAGAUUUGUGGUGUCAUUUGACUAUGACGGUGACGACUUCCUCGAGGGCGAAAUGGGUACAGAACUCUCACUUUAUGUGCAACAGCGCUGUCGUGCGUUAAGUAUGGAGGAACAGUGACGGCGCUGGUACGGGACGAUUCUUGAUCUGUGUCAGCGGUACUGACCGAGUUGGCGAGGAGUUGCGGACAUAGGGUGACAUGACAUGUAAUGCUCCGGCGUCAUGCCCAGGCACCGCCGCACUGAGCGUAGAUACUGGGUCGCACCUUUUUUCAUGGAGGCUUUGAUCUGUGUGACGCUGGUUGGUUGCAUCCUUCUUCAAAGAUGGAACCGGACCACAAAAAUCUGUAGAAGCCUCAGAUCACAGAACGGUCGAGUUGCUAAGCGCACCUGACGAUAAUGUCUAACCUUUUUCCGCCCUUCGCACGUGCGAUGACCUCCCAUGUCCAUCGUGUCU